AUGGAGUUGACACACAUCGGGGAGACGACGCUCUUACGAAGCAGCUUUCUCCUUCGCAGAAAAUGGGACAUUCGAGUCAUGGGGGACCGAAAUCAGUUGACCGUAGACGAAUGCAGGGAUGCUGUUUCGGGCUCAACCUCUGAUGCCAUGCAGGUCAGGAGCCUCACGGGUUACUUGAAGAAGGCCUCGUUGCCCGGGUGUUUUCCGGAUGUGUUCCGACUCGUGUCCAUCGCCACGGCCUUCUAUCUGUGUCUCUUGUGCAUCCAAUUGGAAACGGAGCUGAAGGAGUUGAGGCCUUCCUCCUCCUCGUCGGCCCUCGUCCCAGUGAGAAGAAAUGUGAUAGCUGGAGAACCGGCUGCCCAGAAGUCCAACGGUCUCCACCCGUUAGCAUGGGACAUCGGAGAUGUUCGUGAUCUUCGACCGGAAGACGUGAACACGACGGGUCGGGCGGGGUUGGAACUUCUCUUCUUCAACCGAGUCGGGAAAACCGGGAGCGAAAUGAUCGACCUGCUCAUCGAAUACCUCAGCGAAGACAACGUUAACAAUUUCAACCUCGUCUACCCGACGAAACAGCAGACGCGGAAGUCCUGGCUCACCAUCGAAAAGGAGGGGGGCAUCAUCAACCGGAUAUUGAAGACGCCCUUGCCGUCGGCCUACAUCACGCACCACGUCUCGUUCUGCAAUUUCACCAGGCACGAUCAGCCGAUGCCGAUCUACAUCAACAUGGUGCGGGACCCCGUGGACAGAGUGGUGUCCUGGUAUUACUACGUCAGGCAGCCGAUUUACCCGCUUCGAAGGCACCUUCGGUGGCCCGAGAUCUUCAACGAAGACACCAUGCCCGAUGGCGAAUUCUAUCGACGGGACUUCGAGACCUGCGUGGAGAUGAAGCUGAUGGAAUGCAACUUCCUGCAGGAUGACCCGGAAUUCCGGGGUGAUCAGAGGAGACAGACGCUCUUCUUCUGCGCUCAUGGCGAUCAACCUUGCAGGCGGUUCAACAGCAAAUAUUCGGCGCAGGCGGCAAAGGAAGUAGUGGAAAAAUACUACGCUGUGGUGGGCGUCCAAGAAGCCAUGGACGUCUCCCUCGCCGUCUUCCAACAUUACAUUCCUCGCUUCUUCCGCAAUGCCACCGCAAUCUACAACGAUCUGAAGUACAAAGCGGGUCUGGCGGAUCACAACAAGAGCCAGUUCAAGACGAAGGUGGCGGCCGAUAUGAAGCGGAGCCUUCGAUCGAAUUUCACCAGCGAGAUCGAAUUCUACGAUUUCUGUCGCCAGAGACUGUUCCGACAAUACUACGCCCUGAAGAACGUCGGACUCGUGUGACGGGUUGUGUCGUACGUGCAAUCUCGGGGCCUUCUGUGAUGAAGAAAACAAAAGACGUCUCUUUCCUGAUGGAACUGACCAAGGAAGGGAGGAAGUGAUAUCUCCGUCCCUUUCCACUAGUCCAGUCCCACUUAUUUUUUAGGCUUUCGUAUCUCGAGCGACGCGACGAGAGAAGAAAGAGACGAGGCAAUUAGUGCUCGGCUGGCUCGAGGAGGCCCGGCGAACCGGUUUCUUUUCUCUUCCUUCGAGCAGGUUCCACUGACCAACAUCGCGAUCCCAGAUGAGAAUAAAGUGACAUGACAUUGCCCG